GCAAAUGUUGUAUGUCCAGACGACGGAUAACAACACUUUUUUCAUUCACCAAAUUUCGAUAAAGACUAGUUUGUCAUGAAGGGCACUGACAAUAGAUUCUCUACGUUCCAGAAAGCGUCUGCGUAGUGUUGCGCAAACUCCCUUUUGAUGAUGCUAUACCAUAUUUAUUUAUAAUUAUCGUAUUUUCAUUAUCAUUUCAGCGUAUUUUAGCAGACAGCGCCACUUAUGACAGUUCGACAACUAACAGUAUAGAAGCUGCUGUCGUCAACGGUUAAUUCUGGCAUCAUAGUAAUUUUGCCUUCAUCUGUCGUCUGGAUCUUCUGUUCGAGGUCCAGUUAGUAAAUCUUCUCGUUAUAACUGACAAAUUAGGUAUCAUCGUAGCUUCUGAAUUAUACAUCGAUGGCUUCCAUGGAUCACAUAUUACCACCCAACUUACAGUGCCCAAUAUGUUUGGAACUUCUUGAUGAUCCUAAACAGUUAUCUUGUGAGCACACAUUUUGUAAGAGAUGUGUUCAUGAUUUGUUGGCAUGCUCUUCACGGAGUGUUGAAAAUUGCCUAAAAUGCCCAGUUUGUCAGAGCACGACGGAUGUCGGUGGUAGUAUUAUAGGAAAUCUCAACACAAAUGUUCCUCUCAAGUGUCUCCUAGAAGAGUACAGAAGUAAGAAGGGCCUUUGUGAAAUGUGCGACAAAAAAGCAAAAGCCAAGCUCUAUUGCCGUGACUGCGAAAAGGAGAUGUGUAGAGCUUGCCUAAAAAUCCAUAACAAGUGGUCGCCUAACCUCAAGCAUGAAGUUAUUUCCUUAAAGGAGAUCAGAAAAGGGGUGAUGGUCUUCAACGAAAAGGUGUACUGUCAAGAACAUAAGUCUGAUGGGAAAGAUCAUGUCUGUACCGAUGUCUGUAAUACUUGCAACAAAUUUAUUUGUCUGAGAUGUCGAAUGCUGUUUCAUGAAAAGAAAGGUCAUUCCGUCUUUGACGCUGAAGAGUACAAGAGUUCUAUCCGAAAAGAAAUUGAAUAUCUCGUUGACCAAGGAAAAAUGAAAAGUAAGACUCUCAACAAUCAUGUUGCCUAUGUUAUGAGUCAAAUGGACCGUGUUAUUGAUCACACUGACAGCAUACAGGCUCAAAUAAACAAGGAUUAUAAUGACAUGUGCAAGAGACUAAAGGAGCGAAAACGGGCACUAGAUUGGCAGUUGUAUGUUCAGAAGAAGGAACUCUGCCAGAGACUAGAGGAAAUGAAAGACACCAGUGUAAAAAUGGUCGUGAAUAUCGAGAAGGCGAGUGAACUGGCUGGCUACAGUUUAAAUGCACCACUUAGAGGGAUCACCAUUACCAUCCAUGAAACACUUUCAAGUGAAUUAAAGACAGUCCUCGAUACGGAUAACCCAGAACAGAAGUUUUCUCGUGACAUAGCUGAACGGGCUGAGGAAAUAAUGUUUGACCAAAAGAGUCAGUGCGAUCAGCUAGAGAUAGGGGAUAUCUUAUUCGUGAAAUGUAGGCUGAAAUGUGACGUAGGUCUCACAGAGGAGAACACUAUCAAUACGAUGGCUGCUACCUCUGAUGGUAUGAUGGCAGUAGGAUACAGUACAGGGGGAAUCGACGUCUUCAAUGCUGAUGGCCAACUGCAGACAACAGUACUCAAAGACGUUAAUAUCCUAGGGGUAGGAUUCCUUUCUGAUGGUCGGCGUGUUGUACUAUCCACCAGUAAUAUCAUGACAUUGUACACAUCAGAAUGGGAGAUACAGAGCACACGGUUUCAGACUCUAGCUCUUGAUGAAGCAGGAAUCGCUGACCUCACCAUUGGCGAUGAAAAUCAGAUCUACAUCAGCUACAGGACAGCUAAGCAGAUCCAGGAAUUCACACCAGCUGGUGGAAAUGCCAUAAGAGUGAUAUCAUGUCAAGGGUACGAACCUGAGCAGAUCUGCAGCUUUGGGAAUGGGUUCAUAAUAAAAUCUAGCAGUAGUUCUGCCUGUACGGUGAGUGUCGUCGACUGUCAAGGUGUGAUAGAACACAAUGUAUCAGUCGAGAACGGUGCUUUCUGCCAUUCUGCAGUAUGUCGCGAAAGGUCUAUCCUCAUCUGUUCAUUCCAGGCUGAUGAGGGGAUACUCACUGUCAAGGAGCACAAUGACGAGUUGGCUCCAGUUAAGACACUCGUUUGUCACAGGAUUGUGAAACCUGAAAGGCACUGGUUUUGCCUUCAACAAUUCCGAUCUGGGGAAAUCGCCUUCUGUACGACAGAGAGGAUUUACAUCUUCGAAUAGUUAAGUCAAUCCCCCCCCAAAAAAAAAAAAAAAAUGAUGGGUGUUUUGAGCCUUCCCUUCAGGCGUAGCAGUCUCCACUGACCUUGGUUCUAUGUUGAAAAAUAUACUGUAAAUAUCAGUUUUCAGCAAAGACAAUGACAUGAAUCAUUACUAAGUCCAUUGGCUACUUGUAUUUUGUCUUCAAAGGACUUGUCCAUAGGUGUCUUCAGCCUACAUCAGGAGUUUAGAGACGUUUG